AUGAUCUUAAGGAACGGGAAGGAGAUUCAGGGGCCCGAACUUGCGACUUCAAAGGACAAGGAUGAGGAAAAGAUCGAGAAAGAGGUUGAAGAGGAGGACAGAAACAGUAAAAAUCAAGUAGUACUCCCUAACCUAAUCAUUGAGGUUAAAACUAAUUCGCCUCCCUUUUCUAGCAGGUUGGAGAAACCGAAAAAACAGGACAAGAAGAAAGAGAUUUUGGAGGUAUUCCACAAGGUGACAAUCAAUAUCCCUUUGUUGGAUGCGAUCAAGCAAGUGCUAAAAUACACUAAAUUCUUAAAAAACUUGUGCAUCAACAAGAAGGAGUUGAGGAGGGAUGAGCAUAUUGUGGUAGGUGAGAACGUUUUAGCGAUUUUACAAAGAAAACUACCACUUAAAUGCAGAGAUCCAGGUAUAUUUACUAUCCCCUGUAAGAUUGGACAUUCUAAGAUUAAAAAUGCCAUGCUCGAUUUAGGGGUUUCUAUUCAUGUAAUGCCUAAAUCAAUCUGUGAUUCCCUAAAUUUAGAACCUUUAAAAGAAACAGGGAUAAUAAUUCAAUUGGCUGAUCGUACAUUUGCUUAUUCGGAUGGGGUAGGUAAGGAUGUUUUAGUGCAAGUAGAUGGAUUAAUUUUUCCUGCUGAUUUUUAUGUGUUUUACAUGAAUGAUAGAAGUGCCCCAAAUCCAUCACCUUUGUUGUUAGGUAGAACCUUCUUGAGUAUUGCCCAGACUAAGAUUGAUAUUAGUAAGGGUACUCUAAUAAUGAAAUUUGAUGGAGAAAUAGUCUAUUUUAACAUUUUUGAUACAAUGGAACAUCCUGUUAACUCUCAUUCUGUGUUUGCCAUUCAUGCUACUAAUCCCUCUGUGCAAGAAUUUUCUGAAUUCGAUUGUAAGGAUAAAUUCAAAAUUGCUGCGAACAAGUAUCAUGGGAUGAAAGCACUUUAUGAGGUGAAAAAGAGUAGAAAAUUAAAAAAGAUGGUUGCAUUCAAUGACUAUUUGGAUCCCAGAGAAAUGUCGCUGAAUGCAAGAAAAUCUGAAUUACAUCCAGAUUGA